GGGAGAGGCAACAUUCCGCAUGGGUAAUAUUUUGCUUUUCAUCAGCUGGUUUCUCACAGGCGGGUAGAGAGGCUACCUCCGCGUCGCGCGCUUGUAUUCUCCUGGGGUUUUAUUCUUAGGUUUCUUGGGGCCGCUAAAUAUGGCUGCAGUUGUUACCAGACACAAGCAUUUCGGUCAGGAAUACCUCAGUACUGAGUCUAAAUGUGUUGUUCGGGAAUACUCCAGCUCUGCGGCAGAAGAGGUGAAAUAUCAAUAUCAAACACAGAAGAGAAUCCUUGGAGUGGUGGAGAAGAAGAUGCCUGAGAAAUACAUCCGCGAGGAGUCCAUGAUCAGGGGCCCCAAGUUUGUGGUUAGACUGAGGUCCCAUACGGUGUAUGAGAACAGUGCUAUUAAACUUUUCUGCACUGUGGAGGGAUAUCCCACCCCACACGUCAAAUGGUUCAAGGAUGAUGUCAUAUUGGACAUUUCUUCCGGAAAGUACUUUGUGGAGAGCAAUGCUGGAUUCCAUGCCCUCUCCAUCCUCAAGUGUGCGACUGAUGACACUGCAAUGUACACGGCAGUAGCCUCAAACACGCAUGGACAGGUCUCUUCCCAGGCCUCCAUCAUUGUGAAGAGGUGCAAAGAGGAAGAAGCCUCCACUCCUUAUUCCUGGAUGCCUUACCAGUAUGCCAUUUUACCUGAAAUCAAGUAUACGAAGAUUAACAUCACCUUCACCGAGACGUUUGACGUGACCUUUGGAAAGGAAGGCGAUAAGGCCACUCUGACUUGCAAGAUGACCAUUAACCCCAACCUGGCCAACCUGCAGCCUGAGGCCGUGUGGUACAGAGAUGAGUACAUCCUGAAAGAGUCGAGGUGGGUGAAAAUGGAGUCUGGCGGAGGUGUUGCCAAGCUCACGCUUACUCAACUCGCUAAAGAUGAUGAGGGUCUUUACACCCUACGCAUGGUGACCAAGGGAGGCGAUGCGGUCCACAGGGCCUACGUCUAUGUUGAUGAUGGUCCACCUCCAGUUCCUCAAGCUCCCGGAGCCCCAAUGGACAUUAAGAUCCAUGAUGCAAACAGAGAUUAUGUCAUUGUGUCUUGGAAACCUCCUAACACCACCACUGAAGGCCCUAUCAUUGGAUACUUUGUUGACAGAUGUGAAGUUGGAACAGAGAACUGGGCGCAGUGUAAUGACUCCCCUGCAAAGAUCUGCAAGUAUCCUGUGCAGGGCCUGUUUGAAGGACACUCUUAUUACUUUCGCGUACGUGCCGUCAACUCUCGUGGAAUUGGCAAACCCUCCAGAAUGUCCGAGCCCAUUGCCGCUCUGGACCCAACAGAGUUUGAGAGACUUCAUGCCACAAAACUUGGCGGAAGACUUGAUGUUGUGACUUACUAUGAUGACCUUGAAGCCGAGGGAAAAGCUCCAGGACCUCCCUCUAAAGUCUGUGCUUCAGAGACGGACCGAACAUAUGUUGUGCUCAGUUGGGUCCCUCCAGUCUACCAUAGCAAAGCCCCCAUGUGGUAUUACAUUGAGAAGCUUCAAGUUGGAGCUGGAUCCUGGCAGAGAGUGAGCACUAAAGUUCCCAUCCGAUCUCCUCGCUAUGCCGUUUUCGACCUGCUGGAGGGAAAGGAUUAUCAGUUCCGUGUGGUGUCCGCUAAUAUGUACGGCGUCAGCGAGCCUUCUGAGCCCACCAAAACUGUAACAACCCUGCAGUUGAAGGGUGUGCCCUCAGCUCCUGGACAAGUUGUUGCAACCAGAGAGACAGACACUUCUGUUCUAAUCCAGUGGGCGCCUCCAAAGGAUCCCAAUAACCUGAUUGGAUAUUACAUUGAUUCUUGUGUGAAAGGAUCUAAGGAUUGGACCUCUGCCAAUCACAAGCCCCAUAAGCAGACUAGGUUUGUUGUGCAUGGACUGACCACCGGUGAGACGUAUGUCUUCCGUGUUCAAGCCAUCAACGAGCUGGGUCUCAGCGAUGAAUCCCAGGAAUCAGCCCCUCUUUCUGUGAGAGCUGCUCUUAAGCUGCCCUCUUCCCCUUAUGACGUCUCUCUUCUCUAUUGUGAUGGGGAAUCCAUGGUGCUCAACUGGAAGCAGCCCCUCCAUUCUGGAGGAGCAGACGUCACUGAUUAUUACAUUGACAAAUACAAUGUGGCCAAAAAGAUAUGGAAGGAGGUCAACGUCCCACCCAUUAAGGAAAGACUGCACAAGGUUGGAGGUCUGACAGCUGGGUCAGUGUAUCAGUUUAGGGUCUAUGGAGCUAAUUUGGUUGGACUGGGUGAUGCCUCAGCCUCUAGCUCUUCAUUCAAAUGUGAGGCUUGGACCAUGCCUGAGCCAGGUCCAGCCUUUGACGUGACCUUCACUGAAGUAAGGGAUGAUUCUGUGGUGGUGGAGUGGAAGGCUCCUGUCUACAACGGCGCCAGUGCCAUCUCUGGAUACGUUGUUGAGAAAUCCAAGAAAGGCUCAGCUAACUGGAGUAAAGUCAGUGAAGGUUCAGUCAACCACUGCUAUCUUAAGGUCAAGGGUCUAGAGACAGCCGAGUCUUAUGUUUUCCGAGUGCGGGCAGAGAACGCCAAUGGCAUUGGCGUGGCUUCAACCCCGUCUGAUCCUGUGUGCAUCAAGGCGCUGCCAGGCACCCAGGAAAUCAAAUGUGGUGUCGAUGAGGAAUCAGGUGACAUUUAUCUCUCUUUCGAGAGCUGCCAAAUGGCGGAGAAAUCAAAGUUUGUGUGGAAGAAGUCCUACCAAGAAAUUACUGACUUCUCUAAGGGAAUUGCUGUGAAGACAUCAGGCAGCCACUCAACUUUGCUUUUUAAGAACCCAGACAAAGAGGAUUUGGGCACAUACUCUGCGACUGUUACACAUACUAAUGGUGUCUCCGCCAGCUACAAGAUCUCAGCAGAAGAGCUGGAGAAGAUGUUGGCCCUCAGCUAUGACAUACGCAACCCAAUUAUUCCUCUGAAGACUGAACUGGCCUAUAAGAUUCUAGAGAGAGGCCGUAUGCGCUUUUGGCUGCAAGCUGAGGGCAUCUCCUCUGCUGUGACCUACAAAUUCUUUGCCAAUAACAAGGAGCUUGUCAACUGUGAGCAAACUAAAAUGAGUCACGACGCAGCUACGGGCAUUAUUGAGAUGGUGAUGGAUCAUUUCACUGACGACAGCGAGGGCACUUUCACCGUGCAGAUCCAAGAUGGCAGAGCCAAGGCCCAGUCCUCUCUGGUGCUGAUCGGAGACGCCUUCAAGGCAGCACUGGCUGAGGCGGAAUACCAAAGGAGGGAGUACAUUCGUGUGAAAGAAGGCCCUCACUUCAUGGAAUUCCUUUCCGUUCACGUUGGGGAUAACGCCUCUGUCAAUCUUGUUUGCAAGGUGGCUAAUUUAAAGAAGGACUCUGUGUUCCAAUGGUAUAAGGAAGACGUAGAGGCAAUUUCUGAGGUGCCUGCCGACCUGAAUUCAGGAGUCUGCAAGUUCCCCUUAACAAAUUUCUCCAAGAGGGAUGUGGGACUAUAUAAAGCAACCAUCACCGAUGACAGAGGCCAAGAUGUGUCACAGAUUGAUGUUUCUGGCAAAGCUUUUGAUGACAUCAUUAACGAGCUGAGUCGCAUCGCUGGAUCCAGCGCCUCUGAGUUGUCGAUUCAAUGCACUGCGGAGGGCAUUAUGCUUCAGUGCCACAUGAAAUAUUACACCGAGGAGAUGAAGAUCCAUUGGAAACAAAAGGAUUCUAAAAUCGCUGCAUCGGAAAGGAUGAGAAUUGGUGGCAACCCAGCAAUGGCAACUUUGGAGAUAGUCGAACCGACUGAUAAGGAUAAAGGGAUGUACACCAUUGAGAUUGUGGAUCUCGAGAAGACGCAUUCUCGUACCCUGGACUUUUCCGGACAACUCUACGACAACGCCUAUGCAGAAUUCCAGAGACUCAAAGCGGAAGCAUAUGCUGAAAAGAAUCGUGGCAAAGUGGUUGGUGGUCUUCCCGAUGUGGUGACUAUCAUGGAAAAGAAGACUCUGAGUCUGACCUGCACAGUCUGCGGUGACCCCAAGCCUCUGGUCAGCUGGUCUAAGAAUGAUCAAGAAGUAGAACCCAGCGAUCAGUACGUCAUUGCCAUGGACUCGGGCAAGUUCGCCAGUCUCACUAUCAAAGGCGUGUCCCUGGAGGACUCUGGCAAAUACACCAUGACGGUCCAAAACAAGUACGGCGGCGAGUCGGUGGACAUCGUCGUCAGCGUGUACAAACACGGCGACAGGGUUCCGGACAUCAAACCCACACCCUCACCCAAGAGGAUCAUGCCCCCCACGGUUCCUAUCGUAAUUCCCACUGCCAAGUCUGCCACCCCUGCCCCUGCCCCUGCCCCUGCGGCCAAGUCUCCAGCUCCUCCCCAGAAUCCCAAAUCCUCUGCUCCGCCCCGUGGCAUGAAGUCCCCCACUCCUGCCAGGAAGAAGUAACAGCAUAACCCUUGCCUCUCGUUCACCCCAACAGCACAAAAACAACUACAUUUACAUUUCUGGUAGGAAAUACCAGUGUUUGCAAGGCAGCAAAGGAUGAUUGGGUUUAGGCUUUGGUUUGGAGUAAACAUAACACCAUUUUGUCGCCAUCAUGUCACAAGGCACAUCUUGUUUGUUUUUUUUCCACAAUAGUUUAUUAUAUGGCUAUAAAGGAGUGCUUUUUCUGAUUUUAAACUCUUUGUCAUAGUGAUAAAUAAAGAAUGCAAAAACAUUGCAUUUGAUAUCGUAUACUGUCUAAUAGGUAUUACAUUUGAAACCUACUUCAUGCCCAUCAAAACAGUAUGCUCUGUACAUAAUUAUUAACAAAAAUGACCGUAUUUUUACUGUCUUGUGGCUCACAAGCAUUCAUUUUGUUACUUCACUGACAUUUAGAUGGCCAGAGGCCUCAUUUAUAAAGUGUUGCGCAGAAACCAUCCUAAAUUUGAUCUUGCAAUCAUUUUUCCGAUGUGUACGUGCGAUUCAAAGAAAGAGUGAUCGCAUGUACAUGUAUCUCAGAUGUGAAAUCUGUGAAUCGCAUAUGACCUUGGAACUUGUGCACAAAGGAAUGGUUUCAGCUCUCUGCCUUAUAAUUGACUCUAAAUUAAUGUCAUUAACAUAUGAAAUAUCCCCCAAUCAUCAAAAUGAUUAACAUUUUCAAAAACCUGCAAUACUACAGUAAAAGGUGCAUACUUCUGCUCAGACCCUGACGUGACUCUAAGCACUUUUUUUCCACGUCAAAGUCGGUUUUUUAUAAAUAUGAGCGAGGGCGUACACACUCUACGAUCAAAUCUGUGCAUAUGCACGCUUUGGCGGAAGAAGUAAAUAUUAAUAGUUUUUGCCUGCUAUUUUUCUGAUACUAUGAGUUCGGACGCUACUACUCAAUACUACUACUACUAUUUUUAACUGUGUUGCUCUGUUUGUUUGAACUUAUACAUAGCAGCUUGACACUUCAACUUUUGCACAACCGAUGUUGUGAGUUUUAAGGAGGUGAUAUUUGUCUGACCAGUAAAAUAUGGCUUCAGCAAAACUGAUAAUACAAUUCUGCCUUAUAGCAAUAAGCUGAAAAAUAUUUGUAUAUGGUUAAUAACCAAUAAAUAAUUAAUGCAAAUAAAUAAACAAACAAACAAAUCAACAGUUUUAACAUAUACAUUUAUUUGUAACAUUAUCAUAUUAUAAAUUAAAAUAAAAACUAGAUUAUUUGUGCGCCAUUAGCUAAUUAAAUGAGCAUUAGAUGAUGGCGAAGUGAGCAUGCACGAAUAAAAUCCACUUCGAAAUCUGUAACAUCAGCAGACAUAUUGCGCAUUGCUCAAAUCCAAACAGGAAUAUUUGAGCUGCCUUGCAAACACUGUAAUUGAACUGUAGUGCAUAAAUCGUUUAAUAAUAAAAGUAGAAUUGAAAGUAGGUAGUAUUUUUCACCCCAGAUGCAUCAUGGUAUCAUAAAAUGAGCAAGCAUCUAGUAUGAAAAGAAAGAGAGUAGGAAGUAUGUGUGAGGGAGGGUGGGGCAAGUUAUAUUUAGAGCCACGAGAAAAUGUGUGAAACAGUUUGUCAUCUGGGUUGCCUAAGCUGAGUGGGCCUCUAAUGAAUUUGGCUCCCUCUCCCCCGAGGUGCUUGGGGGAAAAGCUUUGAUGUUAGUUUAUUAAAUCUCUGUUUAAAAGCUGCUCUUUCAGUUAGCCACUGAGGCUUUUUUUUUUUUUUUUUUUUUUUGCUUUCUCCGGUGGAUGGAUGACCUGAGAGCGCAGGACCUCCACUUAGCCCCCAGCGGCAGCCACGAGACCAUCAAGCGCUUCUCUCAACCUCAUCUCACGUCCUCGCCUUUUUCUCUUGGUUUUGUGUUAAUAAAAGAGUUGGAAAUCA